AUGAGGAAGCACGAACUACCUGCUGUGGAGCCCUUCACCCCGGUAUACAAGAUGCAAGGACACUGCCCAACCCUUUUGAAGGAAGGAUACAACAUCAACCGACCGUUGUCCCGAGCUAUGCUCACUGUCAUACCAUCGAAAGUUGAUGAGUCUAGUGACGUCUCUAAGAAGGAACAAAUGGCGGUGGUUUUAGGAUAUGUUGAUGCACGUGGUAUUGUUAAGGAGAGAUUUUUUGGUAUUGUUCAUGUAAGAGGGCAAGGUUAUGACGGAGCAAGCAAUAUGCGCGGUGAGUUCAAUGGAUUAAAGGCCUUGAUCUUGAAUGAAAAUAGCUCGGCAUAUUAUAUCUAUUGUUUUGUUCACCAACUUCAAUUAGUUGUUGUGGCGGUUGCAAAUAAACAUGACAGAGUUGAGAACUUUUUUAAUAUGUUAGGAAUGGUGAUCAAUGUGGUGAAUGUUUCUUGUAAACGUAAAGACAUGCUUCGACAAAGUUACAAAGAUAGAGUGCAAGAAGCAACUGGUAAGUGUGAAAUUGAUACUGGAACAGGGAAAUACCAAGAGCUUUCUCUUAUACGAGCCGGAGAUACACAGUGGGGUUCUCAUUACAAAAUCAUUUUGAGCUUGAUUGUUUUGUUUCCGAAUGUUGUUGAUGUGCUCCAGUAUGUUGAAGAGGACGGGGAUAAUGGUUUUAGUCGCACUCAAGCAACUGAUAUUUUAGCAUAUUUGAACACAUUUGAUUUCUUCAAAGUAUCAGAUUUAUUGAAGUUGAGUGAGUUGUAUCAUCAAGAUUUUAGUCAUAUGGAAAGGAUCGCUCUUGAGAAACAACUUAACAUGUACUAUUUGAUUGUGCGUCAAGAUGAAAGAUUUGCCAAUUUGAGUGGUAUUGCCGAGCUCGCUAGAUUGCUAGCGGAAUCAAAAAAGCAUAAAACUUAUCCUCUAGUAUCUCGGUUAUUGAAGUUGGCUUUGGUUUUGCCAGUUGCUACUGCAACAGUCGAAAGAUGUUUUUCUGCUAUGAAGAUUGUGAAGUCAGAUUUGCGCAACAAAAUCAGUGAUGAAUUUUUGAAUGCUGCAAUGAUAUGUACUAUAGAAAAAGAAGCACUUCUCACAGUUUCAAAUGAUGAUGUAAUUACUCAAUUUCAAAAGAUGAAGAGUCGUAGGGCACAGUUGUAA